AUGGAGUACUUGGAGUGUAAGUUUAACGAAGUUACUCAGGAAGCGGACAUGGGUGUAAGGCUUGAUACACAGUUCAUCGCUAGGAAAGAAAGUUUCAAGUACCUUGGAUCUAUAAUACAAGGUAACAGGGAGAUUGUAUUUAGACCGACUAAGCUGUAUAGAGCAGAGUGUUGGCUAGUCAAGAACUCUAAUAUCCAGAAGAUGAAAGUAGCUGAGAUGGGGAUGUUAAGGUGGAUAUGUGGGCAUACCAUAUUUGAUAAGAUUAGGAAUGAAGUUAUUCGGGAUAAGGUGAGAGUGGCCCGUAUGGAGGAUAAGAUGCGAGAGGCGAGGUUGAGAUGGUUCGGACAUGUUAAGAAGAGAAGCAUAGAAGUCCCAGUUAGAAGGUGCGAGAGGUUAGCCUCAGUGGGUAUCAUGAGGGGUAGAGGUAGGCCUAAGAAGUCUUGGGGAGAGGUGAUCAGGCGAGAUAUGGUGCAGGUGGAGCUGACUAAGGACAUGACUCUAGAUAGGAGGGUGUGGAGAUCGAAGAUUAGGGUAAAAAGUUAG